GCCUGCAGGAAUCAGGAAGUCUUUUCAUCCCUGGCUCAUAACUAAAAACAACCAGAAGCGAACAUGUCAGCAUCUGCUUCACAGUCUGAGCUGAGGCUGGUGGUACUGGGCCCAGUACACGCAGGAAGCAAACCUGCUGUUUGCUCUAUUCUGGGCCUGCAAGACAACCAGCUGGGCACAGAUGAAGAGAAGGGCAGUAAACACCGAGGAGAGGCUGCAGGAAGACAGAUGGUGGUGUUUUCCAGUCCAGGCUGGUUCAGUUCAACCUUCAACCCAAAGAAAAGGAAAGAACACAUCUCCUCCCUCAUCUCUCUGUCCAGCCCGGGGCCACAUGCCUUCUUGCUCUGUGUUCCUGUGGACCAGCCAGCUGAUGGAGAGGCCAAGGCAUUAGAUGUCCUGAAGAAGCUGUUUGGUCCCUCUGCUGUAAGUGGAAACACCAUUGUUCUCUUCACCCACAUAGAGGAGCUGGAAGAAGAUGAGCAGCUGGAGGAAUACCUCACCACGUGGCGCAAAGACCUCCUAGAGCUGGUGGAAAGAUGUGGUGGUCGCUACCAUACUCUGGAAACCCGUGGUGGAGGACCGGAGGAGAAGAAAGCGGUAGAGGAGCUGCUGGAGAAGGUCGAGCAGGCAGUGAAGGAGAGUGGGACCCAACACUUCAGCUGCAAUCUGUUCCGGGAGGCUGAGGAGAGGCUGAGACAGAGGCAGCAGGAGAUGGUGAUGCAGAGGAGAAAAGAGCAGGGUGAUGAGGAGCCUCCCACAAACUCACCAGAAGCGACGGAGGAAGAAAUGGAAGCGGUCCGGGAGGAAGCAGAGAGGAGCAUCUGUGAUUUUGAUUUGGAUGUAGAUAGUAUUUUCCCUUCUACUACCGUCUCAACUUCCUCCCCCGCUCCCUCUUUUCUCCGGGGCCUGUGGGAGAAGCUGAUAGGCUGGAUCAGGUGGCUGCCCAGUCUUGUGGGAAGGGAAUCCCUGCUGGGGUCCUUGGUCGGCCUGUUUGUCGGAGGGCAGUAUGGAGGUAUGGUCGGGGCCACUGUGGGUUCAGUGGCUACUGAAAUGGGAAGAAGAAAAACCGAGAAAACUAAAUAAGAGAUUAUCUCAAUUAAGAUAUGCAAAUGUUGCACCUUUUAGCUGUGUAUUACUGAGUUGCAGGCUCACGAGCUAACACAUCAAAAUGCUGUUUACUGCGGUCCUCAAAGUCUCGAUUUCUGCAUUCAUUUGACCUGAAACAUCAUUUAAUUUGACUUAUUCACAUAAAAAGAAAACCACUUUCCUCAUCUAUGAAGCAUGGUGGUGGUAGUGUCAUAAUUUGGGCCUAUUUUGCUGCUGCUCUUCAUUCAUGGAGCAAGAAAUUCAGAGUUAUGGCUCAACCAAUGCACGAGGAGGUCACUCCAGAUACAAACUCACUCACAGAUAUGACGUCUGGGAUCUAAUUUCUUUAACUGGGUUCUCCUUUUUUAUUUAAAGGAUUUGUGUGAAAAUGUUACAGGUCGUAUUUAUGCAGAAAUAUUCGGUCAUCUUUAGCUUUUACUACUUUUCAAGCACUUCCAUAUGCCUGAACUCUGAGGUCCACUACUUAUUUUCUAGGAAAUGGGACUGUUCUUUUAGAAAGCCUUAAAAUGGUUGGUAAAUGAUACUUUAUGGAUUAGCAAUAAUUCUUAAAAAAUGUGGUGUGUUUUCUAGUAUAUCUUUUUGAAGGUUGUUGAUUUAUCCUGAUGGUGUGUGUGAGUUUGACUCUUAACAGUAAUUCAUUUUUUCUGUAGCUGUACAUUAGGACAACCCACCACUACAGUUUCUCUCUAUUAAAUUCAGAUGAGAAGAUGACUUCUUUUAAAUGUUGUUUUCUUGAGAAGAUCACGUAUCUUUAUUAUUUGAUGGAUUUAUUAUGAUAAAAGCAGAUGCUUUUAAGUCUAAAAAGCAAGAGCCACACUUCAGUUUAAACAAUAGUCUGAUUAGUUUCUCCCUCUUCAUCGAUUAUGACUGAUCUCUGAAUCAUUUAUUAACAAUUAGUGUAGAAUUGAUUAGUUUUGUUUGGUUCCUGGAUGUUUGUGAGGUCAUGAUUAUGCUAUUUAAUCAGAUAAACACUUAUAAAUUUAGCUUCAAUGGUAAAAUAGUGCUGUUUGACUUAAAUUUGAAACACAACAAGCUCAUAAAUAAUAGCUGUACUUUUGCAUUCAGUAGUUUCUGACUGGAACAGAAAGAGAAAAAGAUCAGAUGCUUUAAAGUUAAACUGCACGAUAUGAAUUUGGGUAAUCUGGGACAAUUUCAGGUUCAGCCAAGUAUCUAUUUAACAUUUUAAAUCAACACAUUUGACCUUUCUGAAAGUCUGAAAACAUCACAGAGUAGGGGAUAGUGGGGUAAAUAGUGCCAGUUUUUACUUAAAGUGCCUUUAAAGCAAGGGGAGUACAGUAAUGCUGCUACCUAAAAUAUGUACACAUAAUUUAGGAUGUUGUGCAUCCCUAGGAACAAUCACUUUGGAUCUUAAAUAAAUUGUUUGAGAAAUACAGCUUUAGAAAAGAAAAGUGGUUUUGUGGCACAACUUAACCCUGGAGCGGGAUAAGUUGACAUUUAUUGUAUGACAAGGUUAGAGACACAGGAUUCAUGUUAAGGAUAUUUUUUAUGAAUAGGCUUGUAUGAACACAAUUAUAAAAAAAAUAAUAAAUAAAAAUGUCAUAAUGAGAAUGCUGUUACAAAGCAAUAAAAUUCAAAUAAAGUAAUACAUAGUAAAUAAUCAUAAGAUGUGUUAUGUUCUUAACCCAGGCUCUUUGGCACAAAUCACCCCAAGCCCACCAUUUGAAAAAAAAAAAGCAUCCUCCAGCUGUUUUGAGCUAGCUUCAUGCUAACUGUAUAGACUCAUGGUGUAGCUUACUAAAGUACUAAAACAUGUGUGAACUGUUUUAGAAAUAAUUAAAAAAACUCAAUCGUAAUAAUUUUACUCUGGAGGGAAAAAAAUAGUUUUUUGAACUUAAAUGUGCUUGUCUCUCAAGCCAUGCAUCUCCCUUCUUUGGAGGAUGAGUGAAAUGGAUGUCUCUUAAAAAUAUGUGGUCACAUGACCAGUUUCUUCUGUGGUUUUUUAGAUAAAGGGGUGGCACUAUUUGCCCCUUUGCAAAAAUACCCCACUCUCUCCUAGACAUGCCACACCCCCUUUUUUUUGUUGUGUGAGACUUUUUAAUCUGAGAUCAUUUUAUUACCUUACUACUAAUUUUUAGAAAUUAUGUGAAUAGAAAUUGUACUAUGUAAGCAUAAAGCUAAAAAAUCCCAGUAGUAUCUAAAUAAACACAUGUUCUUAUAAAAGUAUUCUCAUUAUGACGUUUUUAAAUGUUUAAGAACUUUAUAAACAGCAUAGGACUUAGAAACCUUGAAUAUCUCUGUAAUGUUAUGCAAUUUCAAGAUGCCACAUAAUGUGUAUUCCCCUUUCAAGAAUCUCAAAUAACUGAAUAAAUGACCCAAACUAAGCUCUCCCACAUUCUCAAUCAUAUUUUGACAUGCGAUAGGAAAAAAGGGGUUAAAAUACAUUUUUAAGACUUUAUAAUUAUUUUACUUUUUCCAUAAACAUAACCUUACAACUAUUCAGAUCAUUUUCUUGUUUAUAACCAGAUGAUACUUUAUUGUUUCUGCAAACUUGCGCAACAAAAUUAGUUCAUAUCUAAUUCAAUUUGAUUCAAUUAUGCUUUAUUUGUAUAACAUCAAUUCACAACAAAAUGACCUCAAGGAACUUUACAGACUAUAUCAUUUCAAGCCAAUUCAUUGAUAUCAAAAUAAAACAAUUAUAAUUGUGUUCAUACAUUUUAAGCCCAGUCUAAAACAUUGAGAGGGUGUUUGCUCCCUGACUCAAACUGGGAGCUGGUUCCAUAACCGAAAACUCUGCCUCCCAUUCUACUUUCAGAAACUCAGUGACCCACAAGGAAACCUCCACUCUGAGAACAAAGUACUAUGUCGGGAAAAUAUUAAACUAAGCUCAUUGUAUAAUAAGUUAUGAAUAGUUAUUUUAGAACUUAUUUGUCCCUCAUUACCCAGAUUCCUCAAAACUUAGCAUUUCCUUUGAUAUGGGGAGAAAAAAACAAAAAAGUUGAAACACUGGAUUAAAUAUGCAACACCAAGAAAA